UGAAAAGACAUUUCAAAUCCGAGAAGAUUUUUUUAUACUGUUCUCGGACUCUUUUUUAUAUCAAGACUAAUAUUUCCUUGAAUUUGUCACUUACACUAACCUCCUAUUUUGUCUUUGCAUGAUAUCUCUCUCUCAACUUCACCGCCAAGGUUUUGCAUGGCUUCUUUAGCAGCACUGUUUGAUCAAUCAAAUAGGUUCCAAAACAACAACAAUGAGACACUCCCAGAUUCCGAAAUUGUCGAGCAAGAACACGUCCAUGCCAUUUUACAUAAUGAUAGCACCUAUGAUCAGCAACAAGUUCGGAUGUUGCAGGGAAGUGGUGCUGUGUUUUUGACAUGGGAGGACCUCUGGGUGACUGUUUCAAAUGGCAAACAUGGUACUAAAUCCAUCCUUCAAGGUGUCACCGGCUGCGCUCGUCCCGGGGAGGUCUUGGCCGUCAUGGGCCCUUCUGGCUCCGGCAAGUCCACCCUUCUUGAUGCUUUGGCUGGGAGGUUAGGGUCAAACACAAGGCAAGCUGGAGAAGUUCUAAUCAAUGGUCAUAAGCUGCACCUAGCAUAUGGCACAUCAGCAUAUGUAACACAAGAUGACAUUCUAACAUGGACCUUAACUGUUGGAGAGGCUGUGCACUACUCUGCUCAUCUCCAAUUGCCGAAUUCAAUGUCAAGUGCCGAGAAAAAGGAGAGAGCAGAGAAGACAAUUAGGGAGAUGGGGUUGCAGGAUUCAAUGAACACGAGAAUAGGAGGUUGGGGAAGCAAAGGCCUCAGUGGUGGCCAGAAGAGGAGAGUGAGCAUUUGUAUGGAGAUUUUAACGCGCCCAAAGCUUCUCUUCCUCGAUGAGCCAACAAGUGGCCUUGAUAGUGCUGCGUCGUACUAUGUCAUGAGCCGGAUUGUGAAACUCGCACAACAAGAUGGAAUGACAGUCAUAGCAUCCAUCCAUCAGCCUAGUAGUGAGGUCUUUGCGCUCUUCGACUAUCUCUGUCUUCUCUCCUUGGGCAGAACAGUGUACUUUGGUCCAUCUUAUGCAGCAAAUCAGUUUUUUGCUGUGAAUGGUUUUCCAUGCCCAAGUCUGCAAAAUCCAGCUGAUCAUUACCUUAGAACAAUCAACACAGAUUUUGAUGAGGACAUUGAACAAGGUGUUGGUGGAAAAAUGACAACUGAGGAAGUAAUUGAUGUUCUUGUAAACUCUUCCAAAUCAUUUGAUACUUGCAAGCAAAUUCGAGGACACAUAGCUGAGAUACAUAGACAGGGUGGAGGAGCAAUAGAGAAGAAGGGAAGCCAAGCUAGCUUCUUUACCCAAUGCCGUGUUCUUACAGAGCGGUCUUUUAUAAACAUGUUUCGUGACCUAGGCUACUACUGGUUGCGCCUUGCUAUAUACAUUGCACUGGGUUUUGGUUUAGGUACUGUCUUCUAUGAUAUGGGCUCCGAUUAUGACUCCAUUCAAGCAAGAGGCUCAAUGCUCAUGUUUGUAGCUUCCUUCUUGACCAUCAUGGCCAUUGGUGGUUUUCCUUCCUUCGUAGAGGACAUGAAGGUUUUUGACCGGGAAAGACUAAACGGACAUUAUGGUGCUGCAACAUUUGCCAUUGCCAACACACUUUCUUCCAUGGCAUACUUGCUUGUCAUCUCUUUGAUUCCCGGAGCCAUUAUAUAUUAUCUCGUGGGACUUCAGCGCGGAAAUGAACAAUUCAUCUACUUCACUCUACUACUUUUCGCGUGUAUGUUGUUGGUGGAGAGCCUUAUGAUGAUUGUUGCAAGUGUGGUGCCAAAUUUCCUUAUGGGGCUGAUCAUAGGUGCUGGAAUUCAAGGCCUGAUGAUGUUGAGUGGUGGGUUUUUCCGAUUGCCAAACGAUCUUCCGGGGCUCUUCUGGAGGUACCCAAUGUACUACGUUGCAUUCCACAAGUAUGCAUAUCAAGGAUUGUACAAGAAUGAGUUUGAACGACUUAGUUUUACUAAUACUCAAUUAGUAGGGCCUAAAACUAUUGAUGGCGCCAUAAUUUUGAGGGAUGUAUUUCAAGUAGAGAUGGGGUACUCCAAGUGGAUUGAUCUUGGUAUCCUAUUUGGAAUGGUGGUGUUGUAUAAAUUAUUAUUCUUGGGCAUUGUCAAGAUUGUCGAAAAGGUCAAGCCUUUGAUUGGAGAUGUGAGGUUUGUUUUUCUCAGAAAAACAGAAAAAGUGGUGGUGAAUCCUUAUUCCACACCUCUACAUGAAGUAAAAUAGCUGAAAUAUUAUGUAAUUUUGAGCGAAUUGUCAAUAUGUAUGGGUUAAUUAGAUUUUUGUUGGAGGUAGAUUAACUUUGGUAUUGUAUGAUUUUUGUAUUUCACUUAACUAUCUUGUAAGAAGCUCCAAGCCUGUGAAGGGCAGUCUUGUCUUUUUGCAUGAAUUAAUGGUGCUGCUUGUGAAA